UUCGUGCCUUCAUUAACAAAAUGAGGUUUCAACUUGUUUUGAAUGUAGCCACAUAGGUUGUUUAUCAUACACUUUGCAUUUUUGACACUUGUGAUGGCUUCCAUGAGCCGUUUUCCUUCCAAUUUCGGAAGAUAAGAAAUUUUACGGCAAACAAAACCCAAUUUGGAGGUGAAAAGAUAAACAACAAAAACUAUAUAAAGUGAUGUUUUGUUUGUCUUGUUUUUCAUCCAUAAAAAGAAGCCCCAUUCCUCUAAACUUAGCAUUUCUCUUCAUCUUCUAGCUCUUUACUCCAAAUUCUAAGAAAGAAAGACACAGACAAAACCAGAUUUUACCAACCGAAACUCAGAAAUGGAGAAUAGCAACAAUAAUGAUCAUAAUCAUUAUUCAAAUUCAGAUAAUGAUCCUAAAGCUCCACUUCUACCUUUACAGGAACCCACUCAAACAUCAGAGAAUUCAUACAAUUCUAACAUCAAGAUAAUUUUCACAGUCAAGAAUUUGCUUAUUCUUUUAGGACCUUUGUUAUGUAUGAUUGUUUGUUUAUGUGUUCAGUUUGAAGGACCAAAAACUAGCAGAGAUAUGUUGGCUGUUCUUGUGUGGAUUUUUUGGUGGUGGUUAACGGAAGCUAUACCCAUGCCCAUAACUUCCAUGGCUCCUUUGUUUCUUUUUCCAAUAUUUGGCAUCGCUUCUGCUGACGACGUCGCUAAAACUUACAUGAAUGAUGUCGUGGCACUAGUGCUCGGUAGUUUUAUACUUGCCCUUGCCGUCGAACACUAUGAUAUUCAUAAGAGACUGGCCCUGAACAUAACCUUGAUGUUCUGCGGAGAUCCACUGAAUCCACCAUUGUUACUUCUCGGAAUAUGUGGAACCACAGCAUUUGUAAGUAUGUGGAUGCACAACACCGCCGCGGCGGUGAUCAUGAUGCCGGUGGCAACGGGAAUCUUACACCGAUUCCCAGCCAGUUCAGGCAGAUCAGACCCAGUUAGUAAUUUCAGCAAGGCAGUAGUACUGGGAGUUAUAUACUCAGCUGGAAUAGGUGGUAUGAGUACACUAACCGGUACCGGCGUGAAUCUAAUAUUGGUCGGAAUGUGGAAGAGUUAUUUCCCUGACGCUGAACAAAUUGGCUUUGCUACUUGGUCGUUCUUUGGGGUGCCUUUAGCACUUUCAAUUUUCAUAGCUAUGUGGGGAAUUCUUUGUUUGUUUUACUGCACAAAAGCUUCGGGGAGUGCUCUUUCAGAGUAUUUGGAUAAAACGCUUUUGAAAAGAGAACUUGAAGCGCUUGGUCCAAUGUGCUUUGCGGAAAAGAUGGUGUUGUCAGUAUUUUCGGUACUUAUAGCUCUAUGGAUGACAAGAAGCUUAACAGAUGAUAUUCCUGGCUGGGGUGAUUUAUUUCAAGGGCGUGUGGGUGAUGGAACUGUUAGUGUGAUGAUGGCAACAUUGUUAUUCAUAAUACCUAGCAAGAAAGGGAAAGGAGAGAAAUUGAUGGAUUGGAACAAAUGCAAGAAACUACCAUGGAACAUUGUUCUAUUACUAGGAGCUGGGUUUGCCAUUGCUGACGGAGUCCGAAGAAGUGGCCUCGCACAAAUCUUAUCUUCCUAUCUCGAUUUCCUGGAGAACAUUCCAUACCUUGCUGUCGCUCCAGCUGUUUGUCUUAUAAGUGGGUUCAUUACAGAAUUCACGUCGAACAACGCCACUACUACACUAGUUGUUCCGCUUCUUAUACAAGUUGCAGAAACAAUGGAUAUGCAUCCAUUGACUCUUAUGAUUCCUGGUGCCAUCGGAGCUCAAUUUGCUUUCUUAUUGCCUACAAGUACUCCUUCAAAUAUAGUUGGAUUUUCAACUGGACGUAUUGACAUUAAAGAUAUGAUCAAGGUCGGAAUACCUCUCAAAAUCAUUGGCAUUGGGGCUAUGACUAUCUUGAUGCCUACGCUAGGAGCUCUGGUUUUCCAAACCAAUGGACCAAUACCAUCCCCUGGAAUCCUGGACUCUUCCAUACAUUCAAGAGCGUAGCCAGAGAUGAUCAAUUCUGCUUUUACUUUUUAUUUUUCCUGCAAGUGGAAAAAUUCCAUUUGCCGCGGCGCAUACUGCCGCUUCUUUUCCCUUAUUCUUGUUUUACACAGUUACAGAAUAUAAGUCAGUAUAGCACCUUGUAUAUGUUCUUAUUUGUAUCACUUCUGUCUUAUGUAAUGAAAAAGGUUUCUAGGAAAUUUUAAAACCUAUGAAAAUUUAAUUUUCUCAAA